UAAACAUUGAAUGCCGAUGGUCUGCACCAAUUUUCAACGGUUUAACAACUCCAUUCGAUAUUAAAUAGUGAAGCAUUUGUUUACUUGUUUUUUCGACGAUCUUUGGUGCGAUUGGUCAUACGAUUGAAUUAUUGUUGUAGUGUGCGCUCAACUGAACAUUCGAACAUUCAGUAAAUCAGGUCACUGGCAGUCGCAAUGAAUGGAUAACAAACAACAUGCUCGUGACCGUUGGGUUGCGGGAGUCAACUGGAAUAAAAACAAAACUGCAUGGGUUUCGAAAUGUUGUCGCUGAGUUUCACUGUGCCGCUUACGGUUCUAUCAUUGAUAGCAUUGUGUAUCAACAUUACCAUUCUGUUGAUUGUGAUUUUGUGCAAACAGGUGUCACCGAGCAAUAUUUUGCUGUUUCAUCUGGGCAUUAUUGAAUCGCUGUUGUGCAUUGUGUUCUUGGUGUUUUCAGUGCCACUGUUGACGCGUAGCGAUGAAAAUGCAGCCGUGAAUUCAAUAUGCAAACUUGAUGCAUUCUUUUUGACACUUUUACAUCCGGUUGCCCUUUGGACGGUGUGUGCUCUCAAUUGUGAUCGAUAUUAUGCAAUAUCAGCUCCGCUCCACUAUAAUGCCAUCGUCAGUUCGAAAAAGGUAGUUUGUGGUUUGGCCUGCGGUUGGUUUUUGGCCAUACUUGGAACAAUUCCGCCGCUUUUCGACGUUGCACCGUAUCGACUGUACAGAGACAUUGGAAUUUGUGUGCCACAUUUCUCCAGUGCAAAUUCAUUGUGGUAUGCAAUCACAUUCUCAAUAUGCACAUUCAUUAUACCCGGAUCAUUAAUUAUUCUGUGCAAUGUAAAGGUGUUUAUGAUAGCCCGAUACCAUCGGCAUCGAAUUGCAGCCGCUAUUUUUGAAGUGACCCUGUCAGCACAAGUGACGAUAACACAUCAACGAAAUCCAUUUCCAUUGCCGUUUGAGGCAAUCCCACCGAAGCUGCGGGCACGCAGCCCAUUGACUAGUGUUUUCCAAAUCGUUGGCUCAUUAUUGCUAUUGUAUUGUCCGUAUUAUAUCACCAUUCUAUGGAACAGUUCAUUGGGUUCUAUUUACGAUUGGAAUGUGCCGAAAUCCAUGGAAAUCCCAUGCUCUAUCAUUAUUCUAACAUAUACGCUCAUGCACCUCACGGUGUUUGUCAAUAUCAUUAUCUAUGGGCUGAAAAGUAAAGUGAUGCGAAAAUCGGUGAAAAACUAUUGGCGCAAGCAGAAAACCAAAAAUGAAAUAAACAAUGAGAUUCAAGCGAGAACACCAUCAACCUGCGGAUCACGUCGACCGUCAAUUAAUGCACUGAAUCUGGGUCGAUCCAUUUCCAAUCGACGUCUAUCCGAAACCUAUGUCAAUUUAACGCAAAUGGGCAACGGAACACGACCGCAAAUGAAACGCAUCGCAUCCGAAUUGUCAUGGCAACCGCUUAAUCGUAAUUCACCCGUUGAACUACUACCGCAUGCGGCCAGUGCAAACACAUUGCAAAUACCACACAACGAACUUGCUGAAGAUUUGAUCGACGAGGGUAAAAUCAAUUUCGAUUCAUUUCGGACAACAGUCAAUUCAGUCAAUGACAAACCAUUGAUCGUACAUUCACUUUCGACUGUAUCACUGCAGAGUGCCACUUCUAGUCAUUCCAGAUCCAAUUUCGAUAAAUUACCAUACUUCCAAAGUACAUGCAAGGAGGUUCGACGAUACCUACAAAUUGGUACACGAAAAGUAUUUCGCAUCGAAUUGAAUGAUUCGUACAAACGUAAUGAACCCGUUUCACCGUUGCGAUCACCGCAAAUUUUGAUAACCAGCGCCUAUUCGGAUGACAGCGAUCCAAAUGUACAGUCAUCGCCCAUUGUACGACCGAAACACAGUGAAGAAAAACUCUUUACCGAGAGUGUUUUUGGGCAAAAAGGCAGCCAACAAAUCACCGACUACGAUGCUAGGUCUGAUGAUAGCGACGACAAUUUUCCAUGUGAAAAUCUCUUUGCAACCAAUUCAAAACGCUGUUUAUCGCUGGAAGAACCAGAGUUGACCAAAUGCAUCAGCCCAAAUGGUGGUGACAUUGAGGAGCCAUUGCUACUGUCUUGGCCGACCACACGCAAAAAGUACAAACAUGGACCGAACGUGAAUCCAAUUUUCACCGAUCGAUGCGAUGAGCCUGAAAUCGUUUUGUAAAUAGAUUUUUUCCGGUUUUCUCUCAAUUUAUUGCUAGUUGAUUUCCGUUUUCUAAUUUUGGAUUAUCAUCAUCAUUUGUUCCCUUAGCAAAUAAUUGUCAACAUACGUUUUAGAUUAAGAAGAGAGACUUAUCAAAAUGUUUUUUGUUCCUUUGUCGAUGUACAAUGUAAAUGGUGAAUGGAUGUGUGAAAUUCAGCAGAAAGUAAACGAAAAUGUGCCACAAGUUGAUAUAAUUAUAAGGUGAAAAAAAAGACAGCCUCCUCUUUAUUGAAUGAAAGACAACACUCUAACUGAUGAGAAAUGCUUGUGUGCGAUGUAUAUGCGUGCGUGCGUGUGCUGUGACGCACACUGGUGUGCGGAAUUCCAACGCUUGGACGCUUUUUAUGCAAUUGAUAUUGCCUCCUCCCUUUAUGGGCCAUAAAAUGUGUGAGCUCGUGAACAUACAACUCCAGUUCUAUCUUCUAAUGUCAAAAACCCACUCAGAUGCAUUUGUUUUUAUUUGUGUAGCAUAUUUUUUUCAUUUAUCCAUCAUUUUCUUCACUUUUUUAUGAAAUGUAUUCUAUCAUAAUUUAUGUGAAAUGUCACACACAAAUUCAACCGUUGACCUGACUCACUCUCUCUCGCCCUUUCUUUCUCUAUCGACAUGCUUCCACAAUAAGAAAAAAGAGUAUAUAUACAUAUAUUUAAAAGAAAUCCAUAUUCAGAUUUACCCAAACGAUUUUUACUUCGAUAGAAAGAGAAAGAGUGAGUGGUGAUUGCAGAGUAACACAUUGGUUGCGAGCGAUUGAUCAACGUCAUUGAGUCGUAAAGAUGUUCAAUCACAAGGAAUCGGGAUGAAUGACAUUUGUUAGACGCGUGAGUGCACUUUGGAAGUAUUCAGCUGAAUUCGAUCCACGUUGAAAAUGGAACGUGAAUCAGAGAAGAGAAGAAAAAAAAACAACAACAACAACAGCCGUAGCAGCAGCAGCAGCAGCAGCAGCAACAAAUUGAGAGCUAAAAACUCUGCAGCAAAAGAAAAUGACGCGCAAGUAGAUACGGCAAAGUAUACGCAUAUCAUAGCACGAUGAAUAAUUCAAUGUGAAACACAUUGAAAUUGAACGCGUUCGCGGUUAUAAUAUGGUUACAUCGUUGAGUAUCGCAUAAAGAAUACCGAACAAUAACGGCUCAAGUCCCCUCCAAAAAAAAUUUCACAUAAAUUUUUGUUAUUGUUAUUUCUCAUCUUUUGUUCCUUGAACAUUUUCCGUUUUAGCUCUUCAACCAUUGAAUAGCACGUGAAAAAAAACCGCCACUGAACCUUUAUCCCCGCAAAAAUACCUAUAGAUGUGUAAUUUUUUUUUCGAAAAAACAAAAUAACUAAGUGAUUUUUAAACUUCUCUACCUCAAAGAAAUAAAUUAUACCACAUUAUUAUGAAGACACGCAAACUCCACAGCAACAGAGCGCGGAAAAACAAUACGUGACAACGACGAAAGACACACAAGAAAAAAAGUGAAAAACAACGUAAAGAGAAUUAUUAUGGAGUUUCACCAUGUUACACAACGCAAGCAAAUAGAUUAGAGAAAUAAAAGAUCUAGGCAAAUUUAAAUAAACACAAGACAUGCCAAUGCACUUUAUGACGAAUAUAAUCUAGAGAGACAGAGGCACACUGAGAGAGAGAGAGAGAGAGAGAAAAUUACGCGCGGAUUACUUUCAUUCACGUGGAAAAGUCAUAGUGAAAUUGUAUGCCAAUGGAAAAAAAAAUCAUCAUGUAAAAAGUCAGCGGGCAUCAAUCAAAUUGAGCGUGGGUGUUACAAACUCGACAGAAUCGGUAAAAUGAAGAUGACAACGUCAAUGUUUUUGUAGCAGACCAGAGCGCAAACCACGAACGAAUGAUAGAAAAAAAUUAAGUGAAAUUGUAUUUUAACGAACGACAUUGAUGCAAUAAACAUGUGUAUUUCGUGUCGAAAUAUCGAUGUCAGACAAUUCGCACAUUAUUUUUUCCCCCUUUCUUGACUUGUUUUCAUUCUUUUUUUCUCUUCAUUACGAAUGCAAUUCCAUUCGGCUGAAGAGGGACACAAAAAAAAUUGUUCUACCUUAUCGGUCAUAGUGCAGAUUUUGCAUGACAUGAAAUCGAAAUAAAUUUUUUUUCAAUAUUCAUAUUGUGAAUACAAUGUGAAAAUGUGUUGUAAUUUAUUUUCUUUUCUCUCUCUCUCUCUCUCUCUCUCUCUCUCUCUCUCUCUCUCUCUCUGUGUGUGUGUGUGUAUGUGUGUGUGCUUCAAAUGCUCGAAUGCUUGUCAUGCAAUUUAUAAGAAUAUUUGUUGAGUGUGUCAUCGCUUUGGCUUAACAUGGAUAUUAUAUGCUACAUAGUGCUCAGUUCAACAGGAUUAAAUACGAAUCAAUUUGCACGAUGUAAGAUGCAAAUACAAUCAUUUAAAUGAGAAGCAGCUCGGCAUUAAUUGGUCUAAUGAAGCAUUUCUUCAGGCAAAUUCAAAUAUGCGGGUGAACUAACAAUCAGGGAUUAGAUAUAAACAUUUUAGCGAAACACUGAAGAAUGCAGAUGCCUGCUACAUUUGUACGCACGUACACAAUAUGUCGCGUGUGCGUUGAAAUUGUAUUUGCAUCUUCGUCGUGCAAAGCAUCCUAUGGAGAGCUCAAGCUCGAGCUAAAAUUAUGAUUCAUGAAAAUAUGCGCUGGGUUCGAGAAGCCACUUAAACUGAAUUGAGUGUUUGAGUUUUAGAGCGAAAAGUCAAUUUUAGAUUCAACGCCUUCAGAGUGGAAUGGAAACGGUGUAAUUUCCCGUAUUGAUAAUAAGAAAUAAGGAACGAUGUAAAUGGUAUUUACAGUCAAAUUGUACAUCGCAUUCAAAGUGAAUUGGUUCAACACCACGAUUUGUAGGUAGUUAUAUAAAUUAAAGAAUAUAUUUUUAGUUUAAUUGAUGAUCUCUGUACAAAUGACAAGAUUUAGACGAAGAAAAAAGAAAAAAAAAUCAUAAAAAAUACGUUAAAUGUCCCCCCAUAUGAAAAACAAACAAACUGCACUCAAAAUGCACAAGUGAUCUGAACUUAUAUAUUUACCAUGUGAAUUGAUCUUGGAAAAAAAUUUGCUAUUAAGGUAUUAAGUCAUUUUAAAUGAAACAAAUAUUAUAUGUAAUAUUUGGUGUGUCGAUUUUCAACUACUGGAAACUACUAUUUGACCAUCAUUAUCAAUGUGUCGUGCACAUAGUUGUUGAUUUACAUAAUUCAAUGUAUUUGAAUUAAUUGAGUGUGGUAGUAGCAAUUUUGUCACAUGCCAUUUUUUUUUGUCAUGUCAUGUUACAAAAAAGCCAAAAAAUUAUCAAACAUUUGAAGAAGAAGAGGAAAAGUGUGUCAUUGAGAGAGCUACUGAGAGAGUUUAUAAUAACCAAAAACACAAAACUUAAAUGGAAAUAAAUAACAAACCAAAAACAAAUGUGUACACUCACAGAAAACAAAGUGACAAUCGCAUAUAUACAACACACCGAUAGCGUACCAAACUUCUGCUCUUUCUCUGCUAUUAUUUAAUAAGGAUUUUUUUUAAGAAGUGUACGAAAAAAAGCAGCAGCAGCAGCAGCAAAUGAAUUCCAAUGGAAAUACUCAAUUUCAAAAACAAAAACCGAUUCGUUUCAAUUUCAAAUGUCAAUGUCACACAACACAAAUGAAACAUUUAUUUUACGUUUAAUAACGGUGUUGACCUAUUUUUGGUUUAUGAUUCUAUUUUGUUUUUUCUCCGAACAUGUGUUUGUUUAUGAUAUGUUACCAUUGGUUAUUUAUUAUUAUAUCCGGUUUUUGCCGCUGCGUUGCGCAAUUAAAUUCGAGCUUACUGUUACCUCUGUUGUGUUUCAAAUGAUUAAAGCGCAAAUAAAGUUGUAAGUGUUGUUUAGAAUUACAUAGAAAUUGAAAAUAUAUUAGAGUAAGUGAACAGAAAAAAUCAUUGGAUAUGAUGCAGAGACGUAAUGGUGACAAUCGACACUAUUUUGAAACCGUUAAUUUGUUGCACGGUUUUAUUUUUGAUUCACCAGCCGAAUUGAAUCGGAAUUUGUUUGAUGUAAAUAUUAAAGUAGAAAUUGAAAUAAGUCCUUUUUAGAUGUGAAGGUUUCCCUCUCAACAAAUAACAAACAACAGAAGAAAAAAAAAUAAGAAUAAAACUCUAUCUAAAUGUGCUUACCUCGCCUGAUCAGACCAACAUACCAAACAUGCAUACAGGUUCUUAUGCAUUUGUACGUUUGGGCAAAUCAAUUGUAUAUUUUCAAUGUAACAACAAAUAAAAUUCUAUUUUGGCGUUCAAAUUUAAAUAAACAGCAACCAUUUUGU